GGGGGGAGGGGAACAGGAUGCUGAGCCGCCUGCAGGAGCUCCGCAAGGAGGAGGAGACGCUGCUGCGGGUCAAGGAGGCGCUGCACGACCAGCUCACCCGCCUCAAGGUGGAAGAGUUGGCUCUUCGGUCCAUGAUCAACGCCCGAGAAGGGACGAUGUUCACGCCCUCGGCUGCUGUCACGGAGGAGCACAUAAACAUGGACAACGAACUGGCCAUUAAUCAGACUAAGCUGCAGUUACAAGUGCACGGUGAUGGUGAGGAAGAGGAGGAGGAGGAAGAAUCAGAUUCCUAGUGCACCCGUGUUGAUAUCAGGCCAGGGUUCCGAAGCUUUCCCCGGCUUGGAGGAAGCUUCGUAUGGUGCUACAGAGACCAAACCCCAACCAGAAAAGGCCCCUGAGCAUCUCACAAGUGUCUGAAGGCGGUAAUAAAUUACGGGGCGGGUUGGAAAACGGCAGCAUUGAAGCCUAAUUAUGUAGCAGGAGUCAUUUUCUAGAACAGGGCAACUUCCAAGCUUGGCAACUUUUAAGACUUGUGGACUUCAAAGCUGGCUGAGGAACUCUGGGAGUUGGAAGUCCACAAGUCUUAAAAGUUGCCAAGGUUGGAAGUUGCCCCGUUCUAGAGCAGACCUACAUUUCAAAACAAGUAGCAGUUCAGGAAACGAAGCUUUUGAAGCAAUAAUCUGUCCACGAAAGAUCAUCUCCUGCCCGGUUGUAAACAAAAAAAACAGGAAAAGCUCGGAAGCUGCCUGUUCUGUGCCAGUUGGGUUUUCCUGAACCUCCUAUGGAUAAAUUGCACAAAAGCAGUGGAAAAAUAUGGGAUUUUUUUCCCCCCCUGUAUGGCUGUAUAUGACUCCUUUAUUCUGGUUCGUUUGGGCCCAUUUUAUGAAACUUGUGUGGAAUAAAAAAAUAUGUUUUGUUUACUAUGGGUAAUAUUAACGAUACUUUCCUAGCGGG